ACUAAAGCUACAGCAGCUACAGCUAAGGUAAACCUACAGCUGUAGCUACUUACUGGACUGGUUCCCAACUAGUAAGUAUAACAGCAAGCUCAUCCACAGAACUAGUUCAGUACUGGUGCAACAAAAGAUCAGUAGCAGUAUGGUACGGUACGGUACAGUACGGUACCAUGUACAGUAGACGACAAGAACAACGUCGAAAACAAACAUCACAACACGGCGUCGUUGCCAUCAGUGCCAUCAGUGCCAUCAGUGCCAUCAGUUCCAACCCAUCGAACGAACAAAUACAUGCAAUGCAUCCCCCCCGAUGAUUGUCAUCAUCCCGAAAACGACAAUGUGGACGAGAGCACCGUGCCUCAAAAGGUUGCAAUGCGUUGCUUCCACGGGCAUGGGAGCCGCAAAAAUCCUUCCUUCUGCGACUGCUGCCAGCAGAAUCUGCCGUCUGCUGUCGGCGGCAACGAUUCCCGAUGCGGCUACCCCGCAUCCGCCUUCCGGGCGCGACCCCCUGCGUCGUUUGCCAUUCUCUGUUGCAUCCUGGUACAAAAGGGCAAUGGCGGUCGCCCCCGAACCGCCAUGCUCCCAUCGAUGCUACCAUCGAAGCAGCAGCCACGAUGGAACGGGAUUCCUCCCCCGCUCCUCCCUUUCCCCGGUUGCCACGCGCCACCUUGUCCACGCGUUCCGCUCCCGAUCGCUGGCAACGGCCAAGCGGUCCCAGCGGCCGAGACCGGCAGCACCCCGGAAGCCGUGGCAGAAGAAACGCCAGAGAAUGCCGCAGAUUGCCACGGUGCUCCGAGGCAUGGGGAUCUCCUCCGCGGACUGCUCUUCGGCCCUGGUGCGGGCCUGCUCCGAGGUCCGGGGGAUCCCCCUCAACAAACGCCAGCGCUCCAAGCCGUGGAUCAUGGCCCUGCUGAUGCACCGGUACGACCGGGGGAUCCGCUGCCCCAACGAGCUCAACACCGAUUCGGUCUACUACGGGGACCAGCAGACGACGCAAAGCACAAGCACCGGCGAGGCAAUCAUCGCCAUCGACCUCCGGGAGGCCCUCACGCCGUCCCCGAGUGAGGUCCGGGGGUACCUCUCCCUCCCGAAGCGGGCCAAGGCGGACGGCACAAAAACCCCUCCCUCUCCCAGGGCCGCGGAGGAGGCCCUCCGGACCGAAAAACUCGCCCUCCUGGCCACCGAGGCCCGCCGGAUCGUCGUGGACCGCCGGAUUCCCCUGGGAGAAAUGGCCUCCCUGGGCACCGAGGCCAACGCCCGGAGGCUGUCCAAGCAGGACCCGGCCUCCUUUCUGGCCAUCUUCUCGCGGGCGGUGGCGGCGGUCGAGGUUGGCAGGACAGCUGCCGAAACGAGGCCCGCGGACUUUUCGCACCGGCGGUUCCGGCCUCCCUCCCUCCGCAAGUCCGUCUACCGGGCCCGGAAGCGCGAGCAGCGCAGGGGUGCGGAAGCGGCCCGGCGAAACGCCGCGAGGGGCGGCCCAUUCCAGAGGGGCCACCACCCGUCGUCUUUGGUGCGAACGAAACUGGCCGAGACCAACCGGCGGUGACUCGCUCGGGAAGGGGGGCCGGGAGCGGGGACGGGCAAAGACGGUGCCACCGGGCCAAUCACGAGCAGGGGCGACGAGUGACAACUGCUGCCGCAAACCAACUCCUUUCGGUGAAUGACCGACGAAAGGCAAAGCGGGGUGGCAACGAAUCAUUGUCCGUAAAGCCAAAUUAAAUCCAGAAGUUCUUUUUGCAUGCCACGGGAGGCGUUGGGCCUGGUUCGAUUCCAAUUCGUCGGGCUUCGAAGCUGAGUAGAAUGGAGACCACGACUUUUGCAAGUCAUACCUAGAGAUGUUCGAGGUCUGUUUCUUUGUUUGUAUUCCAUUGUCCAAGUAUACCACGGGAGGGGUUGGGUCUAAUUCGAUUCCAAUUCGUCAGGCAUUGUUGAAAGCGAGUAGAAUGGAGAUACGACUUCCGCAAGUCAUGCUUUGAAAUAUCCUGGGAAGUGUUUGUUGGUUGGAUUGCAUUGGUUAGGCACUGUCGUGGUAGCUUUCGAUUCAUUUUUAAAUCAAUCCAGUAGUAGCAAGACAUGAUGCCAAGUUUUCUUGCAUGCCACGGAAAUCGGUGCGGUGCAAUGUGAUGCGAUGCGAUGCGGUGCGAACUAAUGCCAUUGCACGAAUUACAAUUAGAGUCAACGGAAUACAGAGGGUACCGCAAGUGGUGGCAAAAAAUUCAUAUCUGUGACGCAAUGCUGCUGUUGUGUUUUCUUGGUAUGCAACAGGAGGCGUUUGAACAUUCUUGAUUCCAAUUCAUCACGCUUUGAAAGUGAAUGGAGCGAAGGCAUCUACUUGCAAGUCAUAGUUGGAGAUUUUGCAGGAGCCAAGUACAGGUUUGUAGCUUUUGAUAGGGGUUGAAAAUUGAAUUAACUAAUAGCACUACA